AUGUCUGAAGUCCAGAAGCCCGUCGAGGAAACUCCUGUGGAGGUUCCCGCCGCUGCUCCUGCUACUGAAGCGCCUGCCGCCACGGAGACCCCUGUGACUCCUGCAGUCGAGGCGCCCAAGGAAACUGCUGCCGAGAACACCGAGGCUGCUCCUGCCCCCACGGAGGACAAGAAGGAGGAUGCUCCUGCUGAGCAGCCCAAAGAAGAGCCCAAGAAGGAAGAGGUGACCCCUGUGUCCGAGGGUGUGCUGGGUUACAAGGCCCCUGGUCUCGUCAAAGGUCUUCGCUUUUCCAAGCGCUUUUUUUACUUCAGUGAUGACGCCGUGGAGGCCAAGCAGCUUUCUAUUUUCCACCAGAAUGAGAAGCCUGCUGUUGCCAACCCCAUCGCUGCCUGGGCUACCCAAACCGGCAAGGGUUUGCUGUUCUUGACCAAGCGCGCUGAGGACAAAGCUACACCCGCCGGAAUCAUCAGUUUGGCGGACGUCUCUGAUGUGACCAAGGAAGGUGCCAACGAGUUCCACUUCAAGGUCAACGGUCACAAGCACACCUUCCAGGCUGCUAGCUCUGCUGAGCGCGACGGCUGGUUCUCUUCUCUCGAGACGAAGACUGCUGAGGCCAAGGCCGAGAAGGAUGCUAUCACCUCCAGCGAGGGCUACAAGGCCGAGCUCGAGAAGCUGACCAAGCCUUUUGUCGCCAAGCCCGCUGAGAAGCCGGCAGAGAAGCCUUCCGAGCCGAAGGAGGAUGCUAAGAAGGAGGAAUCUCCUCAUACAGAGGAGAACAAGGAGAAGGAGAAGGCCACCGCCAAGAGCCGCUCUCAGUCCCGCAAGAGGGCCAGCCUCUUCGGAUCUUUGCUCGGAAAGAAAGAGGAGGCCGAAGACAAGAAGGAGGAGAAGAAGGAAGACAAGUCCGAAGAGGCCAAGCCCGCUGAGGCCUCCACCGAGGCCCCUGCAGAGUCUACUCCUGCCGCCGAGAGUUCUGAGGCUGCUACCCCCGCUCCUGCUCCUGAAUCCACCGAGGACAAGAAGGAGGAACAGAAGGAAGAGAACAAGGAAGAGCCCAAGGAGGAGAAGAAGCCCGAGGCACCCGUCAAGUCCAAGCGUACCUCCCGCUUCGGUAACUUCUUCCAGAAGGUCACCAGCCCAUCCCAUGAGAAGUCGGAGAAGGAGGCAUCCGCUCCUUCUGAGACUCCUGCUGUUUCGAGCACCGCUCCUCAGCUGGACAACCCUGUUGAGGAGGCUGCUGUGAAGCCCAUUGAGCCUGAAAGCGUGACUGCAGCUCCUGCUGAGGCUGAAGCUUCUAAGGAAGCUGCCCCCGCUCAGUCCCCUGCCGUAGAGACCCCUGCCUCUGCUGCUAAGGAUAAGCGCCGUUCUUUCUUUGGCAACUUUGGUAAGAAGAAGGGCGAUUCUGACAACGAAGGAACUGAUGGCGAGUCCAAGCCCAAGGGCAACAAGCUUGGAGGUCUCUUCAGGAAGCCCAGCAAGGCCGUGAAAUCUGAGGCUCCCAAGGAUGCUACUGCCACUGAGACUGAGGCCAGGGCCGAGUCUGCUCCCAAGGAGACUACUGUCCAGGAGUCCCCUGCCGAGGAGGCCGCCCAGUCUGCUGAGGCUCCUGCCGCCGAAGAGUCCAAGCCCGUGAAUGUCUCUUCCACCUCCACUCCUGUCCAGGCUGCCGCUUGA